AGUUGACUUGACGUUGUGUGCGUACUCGGACGUUGUCCGAAGAGACCUGCGACGACUCGGCGACUGAAGCGUGUUCCGGGGAGGCUGCAGAAGCGAGUCCGGGCUCGGAGGACCGAGCCAGCCCUCCUCAGAGCAGAGGCGGCCCAAAGGCGCGCUCUCACCAGCGGGCACUGCGCGCCUCCAGUGCGUCAAAAGGCGCACCGGAGCCGAAGAGCGCGGACGCUGAGGUGCGGCGCGGAGAUGCUGGCGAGAAAGAGCAUCAUCCCGGAGGAGUUCGGUCUGCCGGGGCUGGCGUCCCGCCUGCCUCGCAAGCCGGUGUUCCGCGACCGCGUCAACAAGGCGCGCUUCAUCGCCAAGAACGGCUCGUGCAACCUGGCGCACAAGAACAUCCGCGAGCAGGGCCGCUUCCUGCAGGACGUCUUCACCACGCUGGUGGACCUGAAGUGGCGCUUCACCCUCGUCAUCUUCACCACCACCUUCGUCAGCAGCUGGCUGCUCUUCGCCAUGAGCUGGUGGCUGGUGGCCUUCGCGCACGGAGACUUGGACCCGCAGCGCCUGCACGGACCUCACUGCGUCAUUGGCGUCAAGUCGUUCACCUCGGCCUUCCUCUUCUCCAUCGAGGUCCAGGUGACCAUCGGCUUUGGCGGGCGAAUGAUCACGGAGCAGUGCCCCGCCGCCAUCACCGUCCUCAUCCUGCAGAACAUCGUGGGCCUCAUCAUCAACGCCGUCAUGCUGGGUUGCAUCUUCAUGAAGACGGCACAGUCCAACCGGCGGGCGGAGACGCUCAUCUUCAGCCGCCACGCCGUCAUCGCCGUACGCAACAACCGUCUGUGCUUCAUGAUCCGCAUCGGCGAUCUGAGGAAGAGUAUGAUCAUCGGCGCGACCGUGCGGCUGCAGGUGGUGAGGAAGACGACCACCCCCGAGGGCGAGGUGAUCCCCAUCCAUCAGAUCGACGUCCAGACAGAGAGCGCCAUGGCCAGCAACAGCCUCUUCCUGCUGGCGCCGCUUAUCAUCUGCCACGUCAUCGACAAGAACAGUCCGCUGUACGAGCUGUCGGCCAUGGAGCUGCAGUGCAGCGACCUGGAGGUCAUCGUCAUCCUGGAGGGCGUGGUGGAGACCACGGGCAUCACCACCCAGGCCCGCACCUCCUACGUCUCCGAGGAGAUCCAGUGGGGUCACCGCUUCGUUCCCAUAGUAACGGAGGAAGACGGGGUGUACUCGGUGGACUACUCCAAGUUCGGGAACACAAUGCGGGUGGCCACGCCUCGCUGCAGCGCCAGGGAGCUGGACGAGAAGCCCAACAUCUUGAUCCAGACGCUGCAGAAAAGCGAGCUGUCGCACCAGAACUCGCUGAGGAAGAGGAACUCCAUGCGGCGCAACAACUCCAUGCGGAAAAGCGUGGGAAGCGGCGGGAGUCUGCGGCGAAACAACUCCGGCAUCGCCUCGCCCAAAGUGCAGUUCUUCACCCCCGCCGACAACUGCCAGAGCGUGAACGCCGUCACCUGACAUGAGGCCCGCCUCCUGCUGGCGGCCAUGGUCCUCCUCCUGGUGGCGAAGAGGGUCGUGGGCGUGUCCUCCGCCCCCGUAGGACUUCUUCUUUGGCUUUUCCCCACUCACAGCUAGCACGACCGGGCACCGAGACGACGCAGAGUCCACCGGAGUUCGGCGGGGGUUGCCACGGUUACGCUUCGCACGUUGACAAUGUAGCAUUUCAUUUGUGGAAAUAACGAAUUCAACUCAUACUUGUGUGACGUCUUCAGCUACAGUAUAUGAAGAGAAAUAAGUAUCUUUUUAGGCAGCCAAACAAAAAAUUUACUUGCAAGCGGAAAGAAAAUAAGCAAACAUAAAAAAUGUUAAUAGAAAAAAAAUUUCAACAAAAAAAUGUUUGCAAGACAAAGACAUUAUAAAUCAAAAUAAUGCAUUUUCAACCCAAAAAAAGGCUGACCACGCUGUCAGGGACGCCAAACGUCAAAUACGCGAUGACGUCACGAACCCAAAAGUGUUACAUGUGAUCCCUCAGAGUCUGUAAAUGUUGAAAUAAAAAUAAAAUAAAGGUUUAUAAAAUUGAAAAACGAUUAAAUAAAGGUUUAUAAAAUUGAAGAACGAUUAAAUAAAGGUUUAUAAAAUUGAAAAACGAUUAAAUAAAUUAAAUAAAUUAAAUAAAUUAAAUAAAUUAAAUAAAUCCCUCAGAGUCAAACAUGGCUCGUAGAUUGCUGUACUAUGAAGAGAUAUUAGUGUCUUUUUAGGCAGCCAAACAAAAAAUUGACUUGCAAGUGGAAAGAAAAUAAGCAAACAAAAAAAAUGUUAAUAGAAAAAAAUUUUCAACAAAAAAAUGUUUGCAAGACAAAGACAUUAUAGAUCAAAAUAAUGCAUUUUCAACCCAAAAAAAGGCUGACCACGCUGUCAGGGACGCUUUACGUCAAAUACGCGAUGACGUCACGAACCCAAAAGUGUUACAGGUGAUCCCUCAGAGUCUGUAAAUGUUGAAAU